GUAAGUUUCCCUGAGCCCACUGUUAUUUCCCUAGCUGGGUCAUUUGAUAAUGCACUCAUAUUGAAGUUUUCUUUCACUGUCCCUUCCCUCAGGGAUUUGUCUGUCGGUCUGGUCAAAUUGGGUUUCAAGGGUAGACUGUCCCCUAAGUUUUUUAAUUAUAAUCAUUAUUUACUCUUUUUUGAGUUAAAAGAGGACUACAAUUCGGUUUGGAUUAAGACGCGUCUCAAUAUCUUUGGAUGUUCUGGUCGGGUGUUCAAAUACAUCACGGAUUUCACUUUUGUUGAGGAAUCUCCCAUCGUCCCAGUGUGGUGUUGCUUUCUGGGUCAUCUACCACAUCUUUUCGACCCAUCUUCCCUCUUCUCGAUUGCCAGCUGCAUUGGCAACCCCAUUGAGACUGAUGCCGCUACGGCAAACCGCUCGAGAUUAUCUGUCGCACGGGUGUGCAUGGAGAUUGACCUCAGGGACGAGUUCAUCAAGGCGAUUGAGCUUGACCAAGCGGGCAAGACCACUAUCCAGAAAGUGGUCUACGAGAGAGUCCCCCCGUUAUGCACCCUAUGCAGUCAUGUCGGACAUGGGGCUGCAGAAUGUUACACCAGGGCCAACAAUCCCCGACCUACUUUGGCCCCCCACCGCCGAGUAGCGAGGCAGAGCCCUACUGUCGCUUUGGGGAGCCCUAAGGAGAAGGGCAAGGCCCCUGCCCACAGUCUCGAUCCGAAGGGACAAAAGGGCAAGGGCAAG